AUGCAGAGACAUGCAGUCCCCACCGCAGUCCUGUCCCAGCUCCAAGCAAACGAGCACCGUCCACCUGUGAGCGUGCUACAGAGCAAGACAGUCCGCCAUUAUAACAUCAGUUGCGCGAGCAGCCGCUCUAGCAAGCUCACUCACUCCACACUCCGGUUCUGUGGAACGGACGAAGCAAACCAGCAACACCGAGCGAUGAUGUCAUCAACUACCGCUCGCGUCCUCGCGGCCGUUCUCGCCGCCGUGGUCUGCGUCGGCGCGACCCCGGAGACGACGUGCAGGGCGGCGGCGGGCGCCGACCGGCGCGUGGACUACCGCUUCUGCGUGUCCAGGCUGAGCCAGCACCACGACAGCCCCGACGCCGACACGUGGGGGCUGGCCAAGGUGGCCGCCGACGUGGGCGUCCUCAUGGCCGGCAACGGCGCCUACGACAUCAAGGCCAUGCUCUCCGGCAACAAGGCGGCGCGCGGGCCGCUGGAGCAGUGCGAGGCGCUGUACGACAGGAUGGGCUCCGCGUUCGCCGAGGCGUACGACGGCAUCGACAGGCGCGACUACGCGACCGGCAAGGCCAAGGCCGGCGAGGCCGCGUCCCUCGCGCGCCGCUGCGGCGACGCCUUCGCCCGGGCCGGCGCCGCCGUCCCGUCGCGGCUGGCGAAGCAGGGCGCCGACUCGGUGCAGAUGGCCAUCGUCUGCACCGCCGUCACCAGCCUCAUCAAGUGAUCUGAUCUCUCUGCAUUGCAUUGUUUUUUGUUUGUCCGUCGGGUGAAAAGAAAAUCGUGGUGCCUGCACUGCAUUGUUGGUUGCUCGACGCCCGGGAGUCCGUCAUGUCAUGCACGCCUGUGACUGUGUUCGUGUCUCCGUUGUGUGUUGUAGUAUCAUUCGGAAGGGAAUAAAGUGUUGCAGUAUUUCAUCUAA